AUGUCAACAAAGUUGGGUCCGAUCAACUUCCUCGACCUGCCUAACUUGGUUCGCGAUAAGAUUUACGAAGCGGUCCUCGUCGUAUUGCAUCCUAUCUAUAUUUUCCAAGAGUCGAAUUCUUCGGUAGAAGCGUUUGCACCUGACAAACCUCCCCGGUGGCUUGCGCUACUACAUACCAACCGACAGAUAUCUGCCGAGGCUAGCGCGGUGCUCUACAGAGUGAAUCAUUUCGAACUGGUGGAUAUUACAAAGCCGCAAAUCAGGGUCCUACAAUCCUUUCUAAACGGCAUUGGCACCGUGAAUGCAGCUUCGAUAUCAAAUCUAAGCAUCAGCUUUCCGACAGUGAUCGGCAUAGAUGAAGAACCAGGGAAAGUGAGACUCAAGGAAGACAGCCUACAGUGUUUAAAGGUUCUCCAAGACAGGUGCACGAACUUAUCAGCACUGGAAACCGUGGUCCAUUACAGGAAUUCCGGGUUCUUUAUGAAGACGGAACACUUUCUCCGGGGAGCAUUGUCGCAAAUCGACCAGUAUCUGAAGACCAUCAACUCACUUCGGAGGAUCAUCGUCCGAUUCGAAGAGCCAAGCAGGGUUCCAACGUCUGCAGCAAAGUUGAGUGGUCACCAAAAGCAGUUGAGUGGUCAUCAAAAACAGUUGAGUGGUCAUCAAGAGAUCCUAGGAAAGGUCUUGAAAGCGCCCAAGGCUGGCGGUAAGGCGGCAGCCGUGGCCAGAUACAACGUGAAGAAUGUGGUCAAAGAGACCGAAGAUCACAGCGGAACGAAAAAGACGUAA